ACUCAGACCCAGCGGAGGUGGAGGACGUGGUUUCCCCGGAGCCGGCCGCCCAAUCGCAGGCGGGAAGAUGAAGGUUCUGUGGGCCGUGCUGCUGGUCACCUUCCUGGCAGGAGGCCGGGCCGACGUGGAGCCGGAGCUGGAGACCGAGCUGCGGAAGCCGGCCGAGUGGCAGAGCGGCCAGCCCUGGGAGGCGGCGCUGGGCCGCCUCUGGGAUUACCUGCGCUGGGUGCAGACGCUGUCUGAUGAGGUGCAGGAGGAGCUGCUCAGCUCCCAGGUCACCCAGGAGCUGACGUGAGUG